GUCAGGGAAUUGUACGAGAAUGAACUUUAAGCUUUAUCACGAUGAUUCUACGUGGGAGCAUGAAGAUUGCGCGCGCACCUUGGCAGAGUAUAUCACGUGUGAAUAUGACAAGGAAGAAAGUAGAGGUCCUUUUCAAUCCAUUUUCACAACGAUUGACAGGCAACUAAUACAAUUACCGGAGCAGAUUGCACCUGCAGAUUAUGUUGGCAACGCAUCUGUAACUAUAUCAGGGGUCAAGUGCUCGAACAAGUCGUGUCAAUACGGUGAGUUUGGCAAAGAUCUAUAUUGCAAGGAUGAUGAUAGAUUUGUGUUAUGCAGUCUUAAACGGACGCAGAGCACUACAUUCUCCGGUACAGCUUGCCAAAGAUGGGACAAACAAUACCCGCACAAACAUGGUUUCACUGGAAAAUUAUUCAAGGGUGAGAGCAUUAGUGACGCCGCCAAUUACUGCAGAGAUCCCUUAGAUACUGGUCACAUAUGGUGUUUCACAACGGAUACCAGCAUUAGAUGGGAGCCCUGCAGUUUGAAUGAACUGAAAUCAACGCGUCAAUGUCUGAAGAGACCUAGCGUGACAAAUAUAAAUAGCACAGUUACCGGAAAGGCUUGCCAAAGCUGGGACCUAGAAAUUCUUGAGAAUUCUUAUUCUCAAGAUCAUUAUCUCUCAGGAUUCUCAAAUUACUGUCGUGAUCCUUUAAACCUCGGUUAUAAUUGGUGUUAUGUAGACAUAGCAAAUACUAUACGGGAGCCGUGUCAAAUCGAAGAAAACCGAACCGUGCUGCAGAACAAAUUUACUACCAAUGCUGAAGCUACAGGAAACGUUUAUGUUUGUGACGACUUGUCAGUGAUUCAGUGGUAUCUUAGGUGUAAUGGACAGUUUGACUGCGCUGAUCAUUCAGAUGAACUUUAUUGUGUAUACUCGGUACAUCCAAUGAUAAGUAAAAGCUCGCAUUUAGACGAUACGGAUGCUGCAAACCAAUCAGCUUAUGACAUGAGACCUUUUUUCAAGUGUACCACAAAUGAAUGGAUUUCCAUUACUGCAAGAUGUGAUGGUAUUCUGGACUGUUUUGACAUCUCAGAUGAGUUGCAUUGUAAUGGAGGCUACAGCGGUGGACGUAAUGGUUGUGAAGAUCACCAAUUCCAAUGUAAUACUGGAGACUGUAUUCACAUAAGUCUAGUGUGUAACUUUAAAGCCGAUUGUAUUGACGCAUCUGAUGAAUACUGUGACUUUAAAGAAUGUUCAUUUUCUGAUGAGUUUUCAUGUAAAGAUGGGUCAUGUAUUCCCAAAGAACAAGUGUGUGAUUCUGUUCGACAUUGUUCUGACGGGUCUGAUGAGGAAGCCUGUGAUACUUGUCAAGACGAUCUUGCUUUUCAUUGUGAUAUUGGAAGAUGCAUACCAUUACGACUUGUCUGUGAUGAGUUUGAACAUUGUCAGGAUGGAACAGAUGAGACUGAUUGUGCUGUUAGAGGCUAUGAUUCGUGCAAAUAUGUAUGGGAGGCAGGGUACCGAAAAUCAGGAUACUAUAACAUUCUGGGUGUUCCAGCCGAAUGCAAUUUCGAUGAGCUGAAUGAGAGUGUUUCGAUUCGAACGUUGUUCAACUCGGAUUUCUAUUACUUCACACUGUUAUUCGGUGCUGCUUUUGUUAAUUUUUAUAACAGCAUAUCGAAUGUAUGGUUAAACAGUGUUAUAACCAUGGCAUUAUAUGAAGUAAACAGUAGCUGCAUACAGCAGAUUCAGGAAGUUUGUUUGCCAUCUUAUGAAAAUGUUGCUCAUCUUAACAAAUCCAUCGAAGAAUGUAGAUGUAGGUUAUAUAACUACAAAAUCACAUCCGAAGGAGAUAUGGAAAACCUUGGCGGCCACAAUUGCAGAACUAAAUAUAACCAAAAUUGGACCUCAAAUUUACCUCCAAAUACCAGUGUGGUUCCAUCAUCAAGCUAUUUGAUAGCUGCCAAAAUAUUCCGUGAAUACAAUCUACAAAUAAUACCUAAAGCUGCUAUUUGCAGCGAAGUGUACAAAGCGACCGACAACAUGAUCUCGUGUGAUAUAAAUGGCAAACUUUUUCCCGCCGAUUUACGCUGCGUUUAUGACGUAGACGAGACGGGCUAUCCAGUUGGUUGUAGGGAUGGCAGCCAUUUGACUCAGUGUGAAAACUACAUAUGUCCUAAGGACAAAGUAAAAUGUCCAAACAGUUAUUGUAUUCCCUUUCGAUUUUUAUGUGAUGGAAUCUUUGAUUGUCAAGGUGGGGAAGAUGAAGAUAAUUGUGGCUGUCCUUCUUCACAGAAUGAGAUAUUAAUUAUAUAUGAAGAAGAAAACACAAACGGACCUGAUAUUGGUAAAUUUGCCAGACAAUUCCUUACCCGGAUGAAUAUUGUACGCACAUUAAGCUUUAAAGCUACAAGUCCAUUAAUACAGUAUGGUAUCACCGAUAUGAUCCUGGAUGUUCGAGACAGAGAAGUUAGCAAUGUUCAAGAUAUUGAACAUUCAUUUGAAUGUCGCUACAAGAUUAGAGCAAAGAAACUUUUAGACUCAGUACAUUUUACAACUGAUGGCAGUAAAGGAGUCAUUCUUCUUCAGAACAAUGAUCUAGCAACAGAAGCAACAAAGGAAAUAUUAAAGCAUGUGUUUGUUCUAGAGUCAGGUUUCAAGAUAUACAGAGUAUCCGAGAACGUCAAUGCCUCGGCUAGACUAGUAAAAAAACCUACAAUAAAAACAAAUAUUGUAGACGUUCAUGUAAGAAGAUGGAAAGUUUUAAACGGAAUAGGAGCUGAGUAUUUCAGCGAAAUUUGCAAUCAAACAACAAAACCAGUCUGUCGAAAUAAAUAUAAAUGCUCUUGGAGUAAAGCUUGUAUAUCACUUGAUCAAGUUUGCGAUGGCGUAAAGCAGUGUUUGCAUGGUGAUGACGAAUCUCUUUGCGAUUUUAAAUGUCCGCAUGGAUGUAUAUGUGAAGGGUACGUUGCAAAUUGCAGUAAAGCAAAUCUGGAUAUGACAGUCCUGAAAACUGUUCCCAAAAACACUCGUUUCAUUGAUCUUAGCUUUAAUGUCAAACUGCGAACAGUCUUGGAAGAUUCAAACCUCAAUAUAGAGAUUUUAUCGGUGUUGAACCUUUCGUUUUGUGACAUAGAACAAUUGUUUCCAUUUUCGUUUGACAGAAUACAGAAUUUGCGUACACUGGACAUAAGUUUUAAUAGGAUAACAAAAUUGCCAGCAUAUGCUUUCAGCAGUUUAAAACACCUUAAACGCCUUGAACUUCGAGGAAAUUAUCAGCUAUCAGUAAUUGAGGUACAUGCAUUUUUCGGUCUAACAUCCAUUGAAGGUUUGGACUUUUCAAACGCAAAACUAGAAAAAAUUACAGUCGAUACAUUUAAUGGACUUACUCUUACAUAUUUAGAUCUGUCAAAUAAUAAACUGAACUUAAUAGAAAACUUCGCCUUUCGAGAUUCGUCAAUACAGUAUAUCAAACUUAGUGGAAAUGAUAUCAAGAAGUUUGAUACUGAAAUAUUUACUGGAUUGAUUGGUCUGAAGAAACUUAUCACACCGAAAUUUAAGUUUUGCUGCAUCAGACCGAAUUAUGUUCGAGAGGAAGAUUGUUUUCCACAGAUGGAUGAGUUUUCAUCCUGUGACGAUUUGAUGCGACAUACCUUGUUGCAGUUUUUGAUAUGGCUGAUCGGAAUCACAGCUUUCCUUGGCAAUAUUCUUACGGUCAUUUACAGACUGAAAUACGACAGACAAAGACUGAAACUUGGUUUUGGUAUAUUUGUCACAAAUCUGGCUAUUGCUGAUUUCUUGAUGGCAAUUUAUCUUAUUAUCAUAGCUGUAGCAGAUUCGGUAUUCAGAAAAAGGUACAUUUAUAUGGAUGAUAUUUGGAGACACAGUGUAUGGUGUAAUCUUGCAGGGAUACUGUCUACGAUAUCAUCGGAAGCCAGCGUACUAUUUUUAUGUUUGAUUACAUUGGACAGGCUCCUUGUUAUCAAGUUUCCUUUCGGACGCGCAAAACUGUCUCACAACAGAGCGUUUUUAUGUGUCAUUAGCACGUGGUUGUUUUCUUCAAGUGUUGCCAUCUUUCCGAUCCUAUAUGCGAAAUAUUUCAAAAACGAGUUCUAUUCAAAAUCUGGAGUUUGUAUAGCUCUACCGUUAACAAGAGAUCGUCCACCUGGUUGGGCGUAUUCCCUUAUUGUGUUUGUCUGCUUAAACUUCGUUACCUUUGUCAUGGUGGCGUUCGGGCAGCUUUCUAUCUUCAUCGAAAUUCGAAAAUCGUCCGGUAUAGCUACUACGGCGGAGCAUUCCCGCAGGAGAGAUCUAAAAGUCGCACGGAAUCUUUUGCUUGUAGUUGCCACUGACUUUAUGUGUUGGUUUCCAAUUGGAGUUAUGGCAUUGCUAGCAAUUGCCGAUCAACCUAUAUCAGGGGAAGUAUAUGCAUGGGCAGCCGUUUUUAUACUUCCUGUGAACUCUGCCCUAAACCCUAUUCUAUACACUUUGAGUGCUAUUCUCGGAGGAAAGAGUUUUAAUCCUAGCCUUGACGAGCAAUCAUUUGAGGCGGUAGCCCAAGGU